AGAAUGGUCAAGGAGGAGCUUAGGGACCAGGAACGGUCCAAGAUCCCCCGCUCGGUGGACCUCUCGAACCGCGUGCUUUGCAUAGUGCAGACAACCAAAGAAGACCCGUUGUCAGGGGUGUUGCUCACGGAGAGCAUGCUCAUAAAGUACCGAGCUCUGCACAGAAACGGCUUUGGGGCGGAUUUCACUGCGGGCAUCAUAAAGAAGACCCUGGUGAAGCUGGCGAAUGGGGACACGGCCAUCAAGCAGAUCCUGGUCUUCGCCAUCGUGGCUGUCAACCCCUAUUCUGGUGAGAAGAAUUAGCUUUCCUUGUCGUGAUGCAGAAAGGGGGAACCGCCAAGAACAGCAACGUGCACAACCGCUUCUGGACGCCCCUUAUCACAUCCUGCAAGAGCGCCGAGGCGCUGAGGAGAUUCAACUACUGCGUUCUAACCGAAGAGGGGCCUCUGGCGAAGCAUGGCGGCAGCCCCAACACACUCAACUUCGGCAUCGCGAGCUGGGGAACUGGUUCGGAUCAAAAACUGUUCCAGGGAGACCAGGUGCGGGCCUAUCCCAAGACCCAAAUCAAAAGAAGGGAAAAGGAAGGCCAAGCGGCCCGGGCCAAGAGACCGGCGGAAGCUGGCAAUCUAUGCGGGGUGGUAUGCGUCCAAAACGCCCAAACUGGAGGAGCCGAAGCUGGAGAGCAAAGUCGAGGGGAACCUCGUGGGCGAACGCAUCAAGGUGUUGUGGGAGAAGGGAUCGCACAAGGACGUGAUGAAGGACUGGCUCUUUCCGGGCCUUGUCGUGUCGCAUGAUGCGGUGCGGGGCACGCACCAUGUCAUCUACGACGACUUCUCUCAGGAGGACGAGUACCUAAACGAGCUCAAGUACCACAUCUGCCGGCCUGGGGAGAAGGACAUGGAGGUCGUGGGACGUGACUACGUCCCAAAUUCGUACGCAGGGUUCUUGGAGGGCGCCGACGCCGACGCGGACGCCGACGCGGACGCCGACGUGGACGCCGACGUGGACGCCGACGCGGACGGGGAUGGCGGUGGGGCUUCAGGUUCUGGAAGGAGAAGCGGGAAGAAGCGCAAGAACGAGGACCGAAGUGCGGGGAAUGACGCCGGCCCUUCGGCGCCCGCUUCGCCCGCAACGGCUGCGAAGCGCGCGAAGCCCGCGACGCGCGCGACGCGCGCGACGCCCGCGAUCCGGGUUGGGAAAAAGUUGUCGUCGCGAGCAACGGCCCCGCUGGUCCUUAGUGACACCGAGGAGAGUCACAACGAGGAGAGCCAGGCAGUCGCCACACUGAACGUUGAUGGGGCUCGCACCAGGAGCGGGAAGGAAAAGCUGUGCAGCGACGGGGAGGGAAGAAACCAUGGGGCGACUUCGGGCGGCAGUGGAGCAUACGUGGCGACUGACGUACCAAAGCGGAAACGAAGCCGUCCAGGAUAUAUGCGUCUUGGGUAGUGGGAGGGUAGGAGAGAGACAAGGAAGGGUAGGAGGACCCAUGAGGUUAAAGGGAAUAGGUUGUUUGUGGGGAGAUUGUACAUAAUAAGGGGGGGGGGGUUGCACGUCAAGUAGCUCGUGCUAAAUCGGUCUUGUCAUGCACUCUGGUGAUCACUUGCUAGUCGCCGUCGUUGAUGCACUCAAACAAGAAUGCAAUGAAUGUGUAGUUCAUGGGA